CUUCAGCUGAUACCAAUCGCAGUGCAGUCGUCUAUGGAUAGCAGAUAAAGAACAUCGUGUUUGCCAUCCGAUCAGAUCAUAGUCCUGGCCGCAUUUUCGCCUUCCGAUCACAAUGUCUUGGGGAUUGGGAUGGAAGCGGCCCUUGGAGAUCUUUCGUUUGACGCUAAACUAUGGAACGGAGGAAUUUCUGGACGAUCUCUGCCGCACGCCGUCAUCAUCGUCGGUGUCCUCUUCUUCCUCGUCAUCGUCAUCUUCACCGCCAGCACCGCAAGCGCAAGAUCAGCAGGAACUUGGAUUGAGGAUCGAGCUGGAUUGGACAUCGGGAGAAGAUGAGGAUCAGUUGGCGCUGAGGCUGCAAUCGCAGCUGAUGGUGGCCCUUCCCCUGCCGCAAGAUGCGGUAUCUAUUGAGUUAAAAGAGAAGGAAAAUAACGCGGUGGAGGUGGAGAUGAGGGUUGAGAAGAGGAUGGAACCGUUGCGGGGUAUUAUUCUGGCCAAGGCUUCAGGUUCUGGGCAGCAGAGUGACGGAAUCGGGGUCUUUACCAGAUUGUUACGGUCGAAUUUGGUGCCUUCAGGUGGUUCCGGUGAUGGGAGUGUAGUUGGGUGUGGCGAGCAUUGGAAAACUGUGUCUUUGCUUAGCCUCUGCGGUUGCAGUUUGACGGUAUUGCCAGUUGAGGUAACUCAAUUACCAGUUCUUGAGAAACUGUACCUUGAUAACAAUAAGCUAUCAGCUCUGCCGCCUGAGCUUGGUCAGGUGAAAAACUUGAAAGUACUCACUGCUGACAAUAACAUGCUGGUUUCAGUUCCUGUGGAACUGAGACAGUGUGCCAAACUGGUGGAAUUGUCAUUGGAACAUAACAGACUUGUUCGGCCUCUUCUUGAUUUCAGGGCUAUGGCUGAAUUACAGAUUCUUAGACUAUUUGGUAACCCUCUCGAAUUUCUUCCUGACAUUUUGCUGCUGGACAAGCUUCGUCAUUUAUCUCUUGCAAAUAUCAGGAUUGUGGCUGAUGAAAAUCUAAGGUCUAUAACUGUGCAAAUAGAGAUGGAGAAUAGUUCAUAUUUUGGGACAUCUAGACACAAGCUAAGUGCCUUCUUCUCACUCAUAUUUCGUUUUUCCUCUUGUCAUCACCCCUUGCUAGCUUCUGCUCUGGCAAAGAUUAUGCAAGACCAAGGGAACCGUGUAGUUGUUGGUAAAGAUGAGAAUGCAGUGCGGCAGCUCAUAAGCAUGAUGAGUAGUGAUGAUCGCCAUGUGGUUGAACAAGCAUGCUCUGCUCUAUCGGCUCUUGCUGGAGACAUUUCUGUAGCAUUGCAAUUGAUGAAAUGUGACAUCAUGCAACGUAUUGAAACUGUGCUGAAGACAUUUUCCCAAGAAGAACUGGUUUCUGUGUUGCAAGUUGUUGUAACAUUGGCUUUUGCAUCUGAUAUUGUUGCUCAGAAGAUGCUGACUAAGGACAUUUUUAGAUCAUUAAAAUUAUUAUGUGCCCAUAAAAGCCCUGAGGUGCAAAGGUUGGCUUUAUUAGCAGUUGGGAAUUUAGCCUUCUGCCUAGAGAAUCGCCGUAUCAUGGUCACUUCUGAAAGUUUAAGAGAACUUCUAAUGCGCUUGACUGUUGCACCUGAACAAGGUGUAAGCAAAGCUGCAGCCCGGGCUCUUGCUAUUCUUGGGGAAAAUGAAACUUUGCGACGUGCUAUAAGAGGGAGACAGGUUCCAAAACAAGGGCUACGUAUACUCUCAAUGGACGGAGGUGGUAUGAAAGGUCUGGCCACUGUGCAGCUCCUUAAAGAAAUUGAGAAGGGGACUGGAAAGCGGAUACAUGAGUUGUUUGACCUUAUAUGUGGCACAUCAACUGGUGGCAUGCUCGCUAUUGCACUCGGUGUUAAGCUAAUGACCUUGGAUCAAUGUGAAGAAAUAUACAAAAAUCUUGGAAAACUUGUUUUUGCUGAAUCUGUGCCAAAGGACAAUGAAGCUGCAACUUGGAGGGAAAAGUUGGAUCAGCUUUACAAAAGUUCAUCACAAAGUUUUAGAGUUGUUGUACACGGAUCUAAGCACAGUGCGGAUCAGUUUGAGAGAUUGCUAAAGGAAAUGUGUGCUGACGAGGAUGGGGACCUGUUAAUAGAGUCAGCAGUGAAAAACAUUCCCAAAGUGUUUGUUGUAUCAACUUUGGUGAGCGUGAUGCCAGCUCAGCCUUUUAUAUUCCGCAACUAUCAGUACCCUGUGGGAACGCCAGAAGUGUCCUUUGCAAUAUCUGAAAAUUCAGGAAUCACUGUGCUAGGAUCCCCUACUACAGGUGCUCAGGUUGGUUACAAACGAAGUGCUUUUAUUGGAAGUUGUAAACAUCAAAUCUGGCAAGCUAUAAGAGCAUCAUCUGCGGCACCAUAUUAUCUUGAUGAUUUCUCAGAUGUAAUUUCCGUAGAUGUAUUCCGCUGGCAAGAUGGUGCUAUAGUGGCAAACAAUCCUACCAUCGUUGCCAUCAGAGAAGCACAACUUUUGUGGCCUGAUGCAAAAAUCGACUGCUUGGUUUCUCUUGGGUGUGGCUCUGUUCCCACAAAGGUACGAAGAGGUGGUUGGCGUUAUCUAGAUACCGGCCAAGUGCUGAUUGAGAGUGCAUGCAGUGUGGACAGAGUGGAGGAAGCUGUGAGCACAUUGUUACCAAUGCUUCCUGGGAUCCAAUAUUUUCGGUUUAAUCCAGUUGAUGAACGUUGUGAUAUGGAGCUGGAUGAGACUGAUCCAACAGUCUGGCUGAAGUUGGAAGCUACUUUUGAGGAAUACAUUAAAAACACUUCUGAGGCAUUCAAGAAUGUUUGUGAAAGGCUUCUUCUACCCUUUGCAAAUGAUGAGAAGUGGACACAGAAUUUGAAAUCCCAUCCCUUUGCCACGUCAAAGGCAUUAAAUGCAGAUGAGAGUAGUCCUUCAUUGGGUUGGAGGCGUAAUGUACUGCUAGUUGAAGCUUUACAUAGCCCUGAUUCUGGAAGAGCUGUGCACCAUGCCCGAGCACUAGAAUCAUUUUGUGCAAACCAAGGAAUAAGAUUAUCUCUUAUGCAUAGGACAUCUGGCAUCUCAAAGAUGACACCUGGAACAGCAUUUCCAACACCAUUUACAUCCCCUCCAAUCACCGGAAGUUUCCCCUCAAGCCCGCUGCUAUUCAGUCCUGACAUUGGUUCACACAGACUUGGCGGCAUUGACUUGGUCCCACCUUUAAGCUUGGAUGGCUUACAAUCUGGAAAGACAGCUACGUCACCCCCAAAGCCAAAAUCACCUCCUGGUCGCAAACAGCUUUCUUUACAUGUCCGGUCUAUUCAUGAGAAGUUACAAAAUCUACCCCAAGUUGGCAUUAUACAUUUGGCACUGCAGAAUGACACAGUUGGCUCAAUAUUAAGUUGGCAGAAUGAUGUAUUUGUGGUUGCUGAACCUGGAGAACUUGCUGUUAAGUUCCUGCAAAAUGUCAAGAUUAGCAUGUCAUCAGUUACCAUGAGUCGCAGUAGGAGGAAUACAUUGAAUUUCGCCAAUGUGUCAAGUAUUGCUGAUUUAGUUCGUUUUAGACCAUAUUUUCAACUUGGAAAUGUUAUUCACCGCUAUAUAGGACGUCAGACUCAAGUCAUGGAAGAUGAUCAAGAAAUUGGAGCUUAUAUGUUCCGCAGAACAGUCCCAUCCGUGCACAUGACACCUGAUGAUGUUCGCUGGAUGGUUGGAGCUUGGAGGGAUAGGAUCAUAUUAUGCACAGGAACCUACGGGCCUACACCGAAUUUAAUCAAGGCUUUUUUGCACUCUGGAGCCAAAGCUGUUAUCUGUCCUUCCACUGAACCACAAGAAACGUCUCUGACUUCAUACCCUGGAUCAGGGGAUUUCAAUGUUCUAGAAAACGGAAGGUUCGAGAUUGGUGAGGAAGAGGCAGAGGAUGAAGAAGUUGAACUUACCAGUCCAGCGAGUGACUGGGAAGAUAGUGAAACUGAGAAAAACGGAGAUCGUUCUACAAGCUUUUGGGACAAUGAAGAAGAAGAAUUGUCACGAUUUGUCUGUCAAUUAUACGACUCGUUGUUCCGGGAAGGUGCAUCGGUGGAUGUUGCCGUGCAAAAUGCUCUUGCAUCACAUCGGAAGCUGAGAUACUCAUGUCAUCUUCCCAAAAUAAAAUAGCCCGUUCGCUAACAAUUUUAUACAGACACUCGCAAUCAAAACACCCAAAAGAAAUAGGAAAUAAGAGUAUAGAUGAGUAUAGAAUCGAAUAAUCGCUAAGAGGUAUCAUCCAAUUUUGAGGCUAUAAGAAGAAAAAGAAAAUUUACUCUGUUCUUUAUUACAUGAACGUGGUGUACAUAUUUACAUUUUUCAAAUUGAUAGAUAUGUAUAGAUUUUUUUUCUUUUUUUGAAUAUGGCAAUUAGGGAGAAGGGGGAAUGGGAUAUGUGGAGUUUGAAUACACGUUCACAAGAGAUAAAUCCCCACUUACACCAAGGGUGAAGGCCAGUGGGGCGGACGUGGGAAUCUGAUAUGUAUAGAUUUGAACUUCUUUACUUGUGCUGGAUUUUUCGCUCUCAUUCGCGCAUAUUCAGCAGAGUUACGGUCUUCGUUCAUAAAUUCUUGUUGCAAAG